UAGAAUUUGGAAGCUUUUAAACUACCUGAUGUGAGCAGCAGUGUUUUGAAACUGGAUAAGAUGGAUAAACUGGAUAUGAUCCAAUACCGCCUGAAAGCCUUUAUGAUCAAUUACAUACAAUGUACACUAUCUUGACUGAGUAAUAUAAAGGAGUUCUCAAUAAAGAUGGGGUAUGAGGUGGCCCGAUUUGUUGGUGAGGUGGAUGAAGAACUCAUCUGUCCAAUCUGUAGUGCAGUGCUUGAAGACCCUCAGCAGGCACCAGAAUGUGAACAUGCUUUUUGUUCUACCUGCAUCCAAGAAUGGUUAUCUCGUCAGCAGACCUGCCCUGUAGACCGUAACCACAUAACAUCUCAGCAGCUCAAACCUGUGCCUCGUAUCUUGCGCAACCUCCUUGCCCGCCUCCAGAUUCGCUGCGACAACGAAGGCUUCGGCUGUGCCUCCGUUGUCCGUUUAGAUUCCCUGCAGCAGCACCUUCAGGAAUGCGAGCACAACCCCAAGCGUCCUAUACAGUGUGACAAAGGAUGUGGUAUGGUCAUCCCCAAGGAUGAGGUCAAAGACCACAAUUGCGUCCGGGAGUUGAGGCUCCUGGUACAGAACCAGUCCAACAAGCUUGGUGAGCAGGAAACGGAAUUGACAGAGAUCCGAAGCCAACUGUCGGAGCAUCGUCGCGAGAUGCAGAUGUUGAAAGAGUACAUCCGCGCCAUACGGAUCUCCAACCCAAACACAAGCCCUUCAGUCCGUGCGAUCGAGGAUGAAAUUGAGAACAAUGAAGUGGUGCGAUGGGUGAACUCCAUGCCCCUUGCUCGUGUUACCCGCUGGGGCGGGAUGAUUUCCACACCGGACGUUGUUCUUCAGACAGUCAUCAAGCGUUCCCUCCUUGAAAGUCACUGUCCAGCUCAUAUUGUUGCAGAACUAAUGGAGAAUGCCCAUGAGCGCAACUGGCCACCAGGGCUUAGCACCCUUGAGACACGUCAGAUGAAUCGCCACACCUAUGAACAAUACGUCUGUCGUAGGAUACCAAGUAAGCAGGCAGUGCUUGUGAUGGCAUGUGACAAUGCUCAUAUGGGAGAAGACUUCACAUUGGACCCUGGUUUGGUCAUGAUCUUUGCACAUGGGAUAGAAUGAUAUCCUCAUAGUAGAAUGCAAUAUUCUCAAACAAUAGAAAAGAAACUUGAUCAUUCUUUGCAAUUGAAGACUUAUGGUAGUAUAAGCUCAGGUUUUGAGCAGUUGAAGCAGUACCUGCUCAUUUUUUAUUUGAGUUUAAUAUGUGUCUCUUGGAUUCUAACUUAUUGUGGACAGUAUAGUAUUUUUUCUGGCACAAUGUUUAGUUGUAAAAUGCAGCCUGUUUGGCUUCCUGUACAUGUAUAUUACACAUCUGCCUUGAGGGAGUUAUUUUGUUGCAUUCUUUAUUGGUAGAGAAUUACAAGUUUAAUUAUAUGCAAUUUGAAUUGUGUUCUAGCAGAUUUGAGAUGAUAUGUUGCUUGCUGAGAGAAUACUUUUCAUAGUUUGAUAUUUAAAGACUAAGUAUUUGUUUGACCUUUGAAACAUACCGGGGUAUAUGUUUCUAAAUAAAUAAAGGGAAUUUAAGGCUUAGCAGUAAUUGGGACAAUAAUCAAUGCUUAAAUGGAGCAAUGGUUGGCUAUUAAUUUUAUAAACAAAAGGAUGAAUAUUAUCUUUAUGUAUACGUGUCUUGCCUGCGGCUGUUGCAAAUUUAUUCCUAUUUCAGUGUGUUUAUUUGGCUUGCCGUAAUGUGACGUAUAGAUUUAUAUGUUACUAUGUACUUGCUUUAUAGUAAACUCUUUAAAUGGACUUUAUGGAAUAAUGUAUUACAUGGUUUUUAUACAUGUACACCAUUUUUAGUUUCUGGUGUUGAAAUUUGGAGUCUUCUUUCAUUUACUGAAUGCUAUAAAAGACUAAGUUACCGGAUAGAUAAUAUAUAUAUUUUAAAUUCUAAACAAGUUUACAUUUCUACAUGUAAAUGGGAAGGUUGAUCAGGGAAGAGUGUUUUCACAAACAAAAUUGCUCUCAGCCAUUCAGCCACAAGGAUUUUAGUAGUUAACAACAUUUUUCAGAGAAAAUCACUGACAAAUCACUUCAUGAAACUCUAACUAUGUCAUAAUCAAUCUCUGGACUCUGCCUUUCUUUAGGAGUCAGACAUUGCUAGAAAUUUUGGAUAGAUUACAUGAAAUCUGUCAUCAUUUACAGGUCAAUCUUAGGCCACAAACAUUUUUGUUUUGUUUUGAAAUUGCAAAUUAUUAGAUGGAUUGCCAGUCUGCAUUUUGAUAAAGUUUUCAAAUGAUAAAUUUAUUUGCAACACCCCUCUUAGUCUUUUUUUUUUAAUCUCCUCUAUCUUUAACUGCUUCUAAUUAGUGCUCUCAGUUAUAUACUCUUCUGAUAUGUUGCAAGUGGAGCAUUUUGAUAUAUUUAGAAGAUCUUAGAUAGUACUAAGGUCUGGACUUAAGUGAACUACAGAAGGGGUUCAUUUACAGACGCGGUUGAGCACGUCAGGUAUUGCUUUGUGUUUAACAGGUCUGGUAAUGGAAAAGUCUCUCAAUGUAUUGUAAAUUGACGACAAAGUGCAACUUUCCCCCUAAAAAAAUAUAGAAAACACUGAUUACUGUAAAAUUCAGUAUUGCUGCUGAGGUGAUAAAACUGGGAUCUGAAACCAGUUGCAAUAUUCAAGAGAGUGACAAAACAUGGCUUCCUUCCUGUAUCAAUGGGAUAGUCUCUUGUUUGACAUAACAUUCAUGAAACUUUCAAUGUAGAGAAAGUGAGAUUUGGACAGGAGCUGAGAUGAACUAUUAUGGUCACUUAGCCAUUCAGGGCACAGCAGGCAAUAAGUUUCAAGGAAUCCAUCAAAGUUUUUAGUGGAUGGCAAAGUUAGCAUCAUAGUACUUAACUCAUACAAAAGAGCCAAUGCCAGUGUGACACAACUUUAAUUUGGUUGGCUGUGUAUGGUAAUGAUAUGGCUUUCAGGAUUAUUUAUAUAUUUUUCCUCUACUCAAAAUCUUAUGUUUUAUUGAGAAUGUAACAUAAUUUGUGCAUACCAUUAUUCAAACUUUUUGGAGAACUGAAUACUUGCAGAAUGCCUGCCCAUUGGGUUGUGGACAAAGGCUUGAAGUAUCACCUACAUGUUAGCUUAAUGUGUGUAGCUGAAUAACGCUAGAGUGCUAUGUUCUCAUUUUCCCAAUUUUAAUUUUCAAAAGAAAAAAAAUCAAGGAUGGUCGUGUUGUAAUAUACCUCUGCAUAUUAGACAGUACUUCAUUGUAGUACUGUAGUACAACCAAGUGAAGACAAAAGGGAUGGUUUUGAUAGACUAAUACUUUCUAAAGGUACAUACAUUCAUUUCUCGAACCUAAAAUAAACAAAAAAUGUAGGGUGUGUAUUACUUUGCUAGUCUUCGUCAGGUUUGACGAAGCUUGUAGCCUAGCAAGCGAAAGCUUACCAAAAAACAAUUCAUGAUUGUGAAAUAAAUAAUGUUUUUCUCAAGUCAAGAUAGUUGUGAGCAAUUACAUUCAAAUGAAGAUUUGGAUCUUGAGUGCUUCAUUUGAUAAUGAAAAGUACAUGAUUGAUUUUAUAUUCAAUUUGUAUUUGAUCAAAUGUAACUCAUAGGAAGAUAUGGGCUCGGACUUUGUAAAGUUAACAAUUACAUGUUUUCAAUAGUUUAUUCAGAGAAAUAGGAUCUAUUGUGGCAUUAAACUUUCAUCCUCUUGGUUAAUUUAUAUUGGUCUGAAUAAUUGU